AUGGACAAUGAACAGCCAUCUUCGAUUCAAUCAAUUUGUCACGUGCGCGCCUCUGAAUUAUUCCCGAAGCGAACCCUUGAAAAAGAGGAAAAGCACCUUCAGGUUCCCUACAAGACCAUUUGCGGUGAAGCAGUCGAAUAUUUGGGUCGAACCGCGGAUGGAAUUCUCGCUUUAUCCAAUUAUAGAAUUUAUUUGCAACUAAAAGACACGUACUAUAAUAUACCAUUAGGUUUAAUUGAAAUAAUCGAAAUUAGAGAAAUUUUUUAUUUGUACAUUGGUUGUAAAGAUGCGAGAUCUUUAAGGUGCACUUUUUCGACAAAUGAACACUGUCAAGACUGGUUUCGUAGACUAAUUAAAGCCACUUCGCCUCCGAAACAAAUCGAAGAUGUAUUUGCAUUUGCUUUUCAUGCUUGGGCAACUGAAGAAGGUGGAGAAGAAGUUUUAUCACGUUUGUCGUCGAAAGAUGGCGAAUAUUAUUAUUUUAAAAGCGAAGUAGACAGAUUAAAGUUUGACGUUAAUGGUGCCUGGAGGAUUAGUCAAGCUAAUUCUGAAUAUAAACUGUGUUCGUCCUAUCCUAGACAGUUAUUGGUACCGGCUUGUAUAACCGAUUCUACUUUAGAACAAGCUGCCCAGUUCAGAAGUGCCAGACGAGUUCCUGCUGUAGUUUGGAGACACACCGGGAAUGGAGCGGUGAUUGCCCGUUGUAGUCAACCAGAAGUGGGAUGGUUGGGAUGGAGAUCGUCAGAAGAUGAGUAUUUAAUUAGCGCCAUAGCGGAUGCUUGUGCUUUUGACAAGGGAAGGAAUACAUCCAUAGAUAAUUUAGACGAUUAUCAAACCGAUAGAAUAACGCCGACUGUAAAUAUUGAUAAAGAACACAUGUCAUCAACCAAAAAGGUUUUAAUCAUGGAUGCCAGAUCUUACACUACGGCCGUGGCUAAUAGAGCAAGAGGAGGAGGAUGCGAAUGUCCGGAAUAUUAUCCGCGUUGUGAAAUUCAAUUUAUGAACCUUGCUAAUAUUCAUUCGAUUAGAAAAAGCUUCCAAGCAAUUCGACAGCUUUGCUCAAUACCCGAGCCGUCAAAUUGGUUGAGCAUGCUUGAAAGUUCGAGGUGGCUUCAACAUAUGGCUGGAUUAUUGAGAGCGGCCGUAGCUGUUGCUGCUGCCAUAGAAAAAGAAGCCAGACCCGUACUCGUUCAUUGCUCCGACGGAUGGGAUAGAACGCCGCAAAUUGUUGCUCUAGCUCAGAUACUGUUGGAUCCCUUUUACCGAACCAUAGAGGGUUUUCAAGUUUUGGUAGAGAGAGAAUGGUUAGACUUUGGACACAAAUUUGCAUUUAGAUGCGGUCAUUCGGUUCGAUACGAAGAAUUAAAUGAAAGAUGUCCAGUCUUUCUCCAGUGGCUGGAUUGCGUGCAUCAAUUACUCAUUCAAUUUCCUUGUUCAUUUCAGUAUUCUCAGGACUAUUUAGUUAAAUUAGCCCAACACACUUAUUCAAAUUUAUUUGGAACUUUUCUCUGCAAUUGUUCCCAAGAGAGAAAUGUGUGCAAGGUUUCCGAGCGAACAUUUUCCGUCUGGAAAUUUCUCAAAGGUUCAAAUUUUAAAAAUCAUUUGUACGAAGAUGUCAGCGAGGUUUUGUGGCCUUCCUGUAACGUUCGCGAUUUAGUUCUGUGGAGCGAAGUGUACAUAGGUAGUUUGGAAGCAGCCGUUACGAAAUUACUUGGUCCCAACGAAGAAAACCUAGUGACUAACGGUUUAUCCGUAUUGGGACUUGGUAAAACGAGGUCCUACGGAGAUUUAACGACAGCUACAACCACGGAAGAAUCGCAAUCUCCAUUAGUUCAAGGUCGGAGAUCUAGUCAUCCAAAUAUUGCCACUGAAAUUAAAUUAGAGAGUUUGCAAUUGAAAAACAGCGAUAUUGAAUCAUUAGUUAUGCCUAUUGAUAAAUGUGUUUUAAAUGGAAAACAAAGCGAAGAGGAAAAGGAAGAAAAAAGAAGAGAAGAGGAAGAAGAAGAUGAUGAUGAGGAAGAAGAAGAUGAUAGGGAAAUGGAUUCAAUUUUAACAUCUUCGAUAUUUUCAAACGGAGAUUCAAAUCACAUUCACGAAGAUCUAAAUGGAACGGUUGAAGAACUUCAAGAUAGAAGGUUUAGUGAAAAACCUCUUUCAGACUCGUCCGAAGAAGAAGAGCAAACGUCGUCGGAAACGUGGCGGUCCGAAGAAACCAUAAUCGCUCGUCAAAAAUUCGUAGAAACAAAUAACAAUAACGGGAAUUCGAUCGGUAAUAAUUGCAAUGCCGGGAGCAGUAAUAUAUCGAACAGUAAUAAUAAUAAUAAUACAAAUAAUAAUAAUACGAACCGUAAAAGUGAAAGUGGGGAAAGUGUCGUAAGUGAAAUAAGUGAAAAUCCCGUGCGACGAAAAAAUCGAACAAUCAGCGAAGAGCUUUAUGAGAAUUUUGUAAAUAAAACGGAAACUCAUUUUGACGUUUGCGGUAGUUUGGAAAAGUUGAACAGCGAGGAAGAAAGGAUUCCAUCACUCGUGAGUUCGACGGGUACUUUGGUUAAUGGAGUUGUUGUUACCUCUUCGUCUUGCGGCGGCGAUGCUUGUCGAAUAUGCGUUAACACGCCUAAUAAAAAGUGA